GCAACUAGAGGCCCGACUUCUCUUCCAAGACGGGAGUAUUUUAUAAAUUUCUCCAGUUCACGAAGAAAUCACUGUGUUAUAAACAAACAAAUCAAGAAAAAGGAAGCGAUUCUUUCUGGUUAUUUCCAUCCAUAAAUUCAGACUAAAUUUCUUACCAAUUCGUGCUUCAAUUGUUACUGGGUUUUGCUCCUGGAAAAAUCUCAAAUGGAAACACAAAAAAGUCAACCAGCAAAACAGCAGUCACCUGCAGCCCUGGAUCCGGCCAUCACUUCAUGCCGAAGGAAGAAGAAGGAUGAUGCCACUUUUUUGGAGGAUCUGAAGGAUCACAUCGAUGAGUUCAUUCAUGCAUCUAUGGAUGAGCACAAGGAUUGUUUUACGAAGACUAUCAAGAAGUGUAAUCGGAGAGUGUGUGCAUUGGUUGCUGACCUAAGACUUGGGUUUUAUUUUCAGAUGUUUGGAAUGUCAAAGAUUGUUGCAGAGAGGAGUGGUGAUGCUAAGGAAGUCGAAAGUUCUUUGCCUCUCCAAACUACAGUGGCAAAGUAGAAUGUCUUCAUCCUUAUUGUAAUAGCUCAUAGUUAAACGCUAGUUUCAGUUAUGGUAAUGACAUUUGGUGCAGCUUGAUAAUUUCUUAUCACUACCCUGUUCGGUUUGACUUGUUAAAUGCAUAGAGUUUUAAUUCUA